AUGAUUGCCUUCCUGCUUCCGAUCGCGUCCGCCUUCGCGCCCGUGCUCAAGGUGCAGCCGCAGGACCCGCGCCAUUCUUGGGUAAAUCGACGGACCCGAGAAAUUUCCAGCGCGGAGGUCAACGUCGGGCUUGUCCGCCAGCUCACACUCAAUCAGCUACUCAUCGGAUGGACGAUAUGGAGCGGCGGCGAGGGCGCAGCCGUGCUGGCGCGCGACGCUCACUUUGAUUCGCUGCUCGCGCUGCCGCUUGGCGUGCUCGGCGUGCUGCCUCUCAUCUUCAUCUCGCGCAAGAUCGAGAGGUCCGAGUCGGGAGUGGUCGCAGACCUGAAUCUGUCGACCAACCUGCUCGUCCUGCGCCUCUUUGGGUCGGAGAAGCAGCCCGUCCUUGCGCUCGCCGCCUCGCUCUUCCUGGCCUGCCUCACGGGACUUGUCGAGGAGACGACCUUCCGCGGCGAGAUCCUGCCGUCGCUCGCACAGGGUAAUGGCCUCGCAGGUGGCGUGUCGCUCAGCACGGCCCUCUUCGCGGCGCUCCACGUCAACCCAAAGGCGCCGCUCGAGGGCAGCGCCCCUUCUCGGAGGCUUCCUCGGAAUCUUGCCCCGAGCCUUGCUGCAGGCGCUGCUCGAGGGCGGGCAGAGCACCGCGGACGCUCUGGCGCCACCUUUGCGCUGCUGUACGUGAUGAGCGGCAACCUGGCCGUGCCGAUCCUAGCGCACAGCCUGUACGACUGCUACACGUUUUACGGCACGCACUUGGAGAUACAGCUUGAGUGCACCUUCCUCGGGCCCUCCUCGAGCGUGGCCGGCCAGAUGGAGUAUGCCAAGGCGCAGGCGCUGAUGCCAUCCCUGCCUGGCUCGAGCGGCGCCGCCUGGAGGCAGCGGCGGGGCGAGGCGUUCCUGCAGUCGGCGGCGGAGUCCGCUCCCGCCCUCCCUGCCGCCUCUCCCCCCCUCUCCCUGCUGCCUCCCCACCCCGCCCCUGCUUGCACAGGCGUCGUCUCGCGCAAGGAGCUGCGGAUCGCGCUCUACUCGUACGGCGUCCGGCUGUCGGGCGGAGAGAGCGCCGCGGUGCUCCGCGCGGCCGACGCGGACGAGAGCGGUGGCGUCGACUUUUCGGAGUUUCUCGAGUUUGUUGGACCAUCGGGGGAUGCCGCCGCCGCGAUCAAGCGGGCGCUCUUGGGCGUACGGUGA